AUGUAUGUGUGUGAGGGGGUGUGUGUGUGGGAGGGGGUGUGUGGGGUGGUUCUGAAAACCUCUUGCAAAGCAGAGCUGUAUGAUUCUCCCAUUGUAGUGGACGAGGGUCAUACUAUAAAGCAGGAUAUGGUGUUUGAUGAUUCUCAGAUGUAUCUUUACGCCAUGAGUGACAGAAAAGUGGCCAAGUUUCCAGUUCAGAAUUGUUCCAAAUUCACAACAUGCAGGGUGUGUCUGUUAAGUAAUGACCCUUAUUGUGGUUGGUGUGUCUUUGGCAACACGUGUUCAUUAAAAAUUGAGUGUUACAAUCCUACUCCUAUUCGAUGGUUGUACGCUAACGCUCCAGAGCAAGAAGACAGAUGUAUCGAAAUCCUUAAUGCCCCCCCACCAAUGUUCCAUGUCUCACAAAACAUCACCUUGAAUCUAACAAUCAAAGAUUUGCCCCGAGAUGACAAUAUCUCCUACAACUGUGUGUUUAGCUUUCCUAACGGAGAUCAGAUAUUAUCCCCAGCUGUUCAGUGGAGCUUUGGUAUUGAGUGUAGAAACCCUAAUGUUGAAAAUCUAACACUGGACUUUUACAGCAGCCUGGGAUUUAUCAACAUAAGCCUGGGUGUUUUAUCUAUUGAGACAGAACAGUUGAUUGUGUCAACACCUUAUCUUAUCUACAACUGCAGUAGCUUCACAAAUUGUACUAGAUGUGUGGACAACGUUUAUUGGUGCGUCUGGUGUUUAACUGAAAACAAGUGUCAGUACAAGACAGAUCAGUGUUCUGGGGAGAAAGUAAAAAGUCGAAAAGAUACUUAUCAACAAACCUACGCAAAAUAUAUAGAGGGGUAA